AUGAUGUACGAGUACGACAGCAUGGACGCGGCGAGGAUCGUAGCGUAUUUUAAGGGCAAGAGCAUCCUCAUCACCGGCUCAACUGGCUUUCUUGGGAAGAUUCUUGUGGAGAAGAUACUCCGGGUGCAGCCUGAUGCCAACAAGAUCUAUCUUCUUGUACGAGGGAAGGACGCGUCAUCUGCUAAGCAACGCGUCCAAGAAGAGGUGAUUGGUAACGAGCUGUUCGGCAAGCUGAGAGAGAAGCACGGCGAAGAUGGGAUGCAGCAGUUCAUGCAGGAGAAGAUUGUUGCCUUGCCAGGGGAUAUCAUCUACGACAACCUGGGACUGGAUGCUCCUACGCUGGAGGCUCUGGCCAAGGACAUAGACAUCAUUGUGAACAUUGCGGCAACCACCAACUUCUACGAAAGAUAUGAUGUCUCGUUGGACGUGAACGUGAUGGGGGUGAAGCACCUCUGCCACUUCGCUCAGCAGUGCGCCAACCUCAAGAUGUUCAUGCAUGUCUCCACUGCUUAUGUCUGCGGCGACAGGGACGGGCUCCACCUGGAGAAGCCCAUAAAGCCCGGCGAGUCGCUGCUCGAGGGCAAGUACCUCGAUGUCGACGCCGAGCUGCGGCUUGUCAGAGAAGCCAAGAAGGAGCUCAUGGACGCCAGUGACGACGAGCACAAGAAGACGGAGAGGAAGGCCAUGAAGGAGCUGGGCAUCCAGAGGGCUCGCCACUUUGGGUGGUCCAACACGUACAUCUUCACCAAGGCCAUGGGGGAGAUGGUCUUGGGGCAGCUCCAGGGUGACAUGCCCGUGGUGAUCAUGCGCCCCAGCAUCAUCACCAGCGUCCGGGAGGACCCGUUGCCGGGGUGGAUGCAGGGCACGCGCACCAUCGACACGCUCAUCAUCGGCUACGCCAAGCAGAACCUCUCCUGCUUCCUCGGCGACCUCAGCGUGGUCGUGGAUGUCAUCCCGGGGGACAUGGUGGCCAACGCCAUGAUGGCGGCCAUCGUGGCGCACUCGGAGGAGAAGGCCCCGGAGGCGGUGCCGGUGUACCACGUCACCUCGUCGCUGCUCAACCCAGUCGCCUACUCCGUUCUGUACGAGUCCGCCCUCCGGCACUUCUACGAGAACCCUCGCGUGGGGAAGGACGGCAAGGUCAUCCCCACCAGGGAGAUGCGCUUCUUCCCCACAAUCACGCAGUUCCACCUCUACAUGAUGCUCACAUUCAAGCUGCCACUAGAGUUUUUGCACUUGGUGAAUCUGCUCCUCUGUGGGCUCUUCGCACGGCUCUACAACGACCUCGACUGCAAGUACAAGUUUGUCAUGCAUCUUGUUGACGUCUAUGGACGCUUUGCCUUGUUCAACGGAUGCUUUGAUGACAUGAACAUGGAGCGGUUGAGGUUGACGAUGGUGAUGCAGACCCCUGAAGAUCAAAUGUUCAAUUUCGACCCCAAGACCAUCGACUGGGAUGAUUACUUCACCAGAAUCCACAUCCCUGGUGUUCUCAAGUAUCUGUGCAAGUGA